ACUCAGCACCAAUUUUUGACGGUCUUUGUUGUUGUCAACGAAUGUAGGGAAGAAAGCCGAAACCAGUCAGCUGGAUUUUCAUUAACGUUCAGUUUGGUUUGAGCUUUUUCGUGAAGGGGUUUUGGGUGUUUUUGGAGAUAUUUGUUUUAACUAGCAUCUUGGGCAGCUUUGGCAGCGUGAUUUGGGACUGGAUGAAAUAUUCGACUGGCGGUCUCCAAACUUGACGGUAGGGGAGAUUUAAACAGAGCGAUUAGUUAUUUAUUUUCGGCUAUGAGCCGUGGCGUUAGUGGCGAUGGUCGUCGUGUUUGAGUACAACGUGGAAUUCAUAUUUGCAUACUAAAGUUAGUACCAAUAUUUGAUAUUGCGCGUUAUAACACAGGUGAUAACUAGCAGUGUGAUGAAACGUUCUCGGAUAAAGCUGCGGAAUAGAAUCAUUAUAUAUCAAAAGUGUACAGAGUUUUAAAAGUGUGUCAGUCAUAAUUAGUGUGUCAAAACAUCAUCAAAAUUGAAUACAUCGAUCUUUACGCAAAUCUACCGAUACAAAUUGUACAAUUUCAACGGUCAAAAUUUGCUGUGUGAAAGUGGAGCACUGGUUUCAACCACGUGAAUGCGUAGAGCUAAAACCAAAUAGUUUUGGACGUUCGAAAGCCGCUCGCUAAGGAAGAAAAAGUUCAGUAUACGCUCACAUUCCACUUUAUUGACAAUCAGACAUCAAAUUACUGAUAUGGAUACGCUCCAAAAGCAAAAUACCACUGGGCUGGACGAAACGCAUCUAUUUGGCACGGUGCCGGACGCGCUGCCCGAUGAGAAUGAUCCAUCGCUUGAGUAUGCCCUACAGUCAAAACUCAGUCUACGUUCGUCCUCGCCCGAAGCCAACGACAAAAGCUCCGGCAUUGGCAGCACCGUGAGUAGCAUUGCAACGGCCGACAACGUGCAACAGAAGACAUCGCCGGACCGCACAAGCGGUGAUUUGUUUUUGCCGGCUCGAUUCUCGGGGAGCAUAUCUCCGACCAUGGACGAGACAGCCGGGCAGAGUGAGAGUCUACAAACCGUUGUGAUUGACAUUGAAAAUGGAGAUGUGAACAAGAAUAACGACGAAAUGAGCUAUGCAGACGUGGUACAACAGCUUCACACGACCUUCGCCAGCGGAAAGACACGUAAUGUCGAAUUCAGGGAGCAGCAACUUAAAAACUUGCUGCGCAUGUACGAGGAGAACUCCGCAGAAAUGGUGAACGUGCUGGCGGCCGACUUGCGGAAGCACAAACAGGAGGCACACGUUCUGGAGAUCGACUUUCUGAUCAAUGACAUUCGAAACACUAUCUUCAACUUUCGAGAAUGGGUCAAACCGGAAAAACCGGAGAAAACCAUGGUCAACAUCAUGGACGGUGUGUACAUCUACAAAGAUCCGUACGGGGUGGUUCUGGUGAUUGGAGCCUGGAACUAUCCGCUGCAGUUGACCUUGGUCCCGGUUGCGGCUGCCAUUGCCGCAGGCAAUUGCGUACUCAUAAAGCCGAGCGAAGUAGCGGCGGCGACAUCCAAGUUCAUAGCCGAGACUAUACCGAAAUAUCUUGACUCGGAAUGCUAUCGCGUGGUUGAAGGAGGUGCAAAAGAAACGUCAGAAAUCUUGAGACAGAAGUUUGACUACGUAUUCUACACCGGGUCCGGUCGAGUCGGACGAAUUGUGCAUCAGGCAUGCAACGAGAACCUGACACCGUGCACGCUGGAGCUGGGCGGCAAGAGCCCUUGCUACAUCGACAGCAGCGCGGACAUUCCCAUCGCAACGAAAAGAAUCUUGUGGGGCAAAUUCAUCAAUGCCGGCCAAACUUGCAUCGCGCCGGACUACUUGCUCUGCUCGAAACAGGUCCAGAAACAGUUCGUGGAGGAGGCGAAAAAAAUACUGAAGGAAUGGUAUGGCACCAAUCCGAAGGACAGUCCCGAUCUGUGUCGCAUCAUUAAUCAGCAACAUUUUCAACGUUUAAGUGCCAUGAUCAAGGGAGCAAGUGUCGCGAUCGGUGGAGAAACGGACUCUCAGGAAAAAUAUAUUGCCCCCACAAUCCUCGUCGACGUCAACUCGAAUGACCCCGUAAUGCAGGACGAAAUUUUUGGCCCCAUCCUGCCCAUCAUCAACGUCGACAAUGCGUACGACGCUAUCCGUUUCAUAAAUUCAAGAUCACCCGCGCUUGUUAUGUACAUCUUCACGCAAGACAAAAAACUGCAAGAUCUCUUCAUUCAUGGUACGAGGUCCGGCAGCAUGUGCCUCAAUGAUACCAUCAUGCAGUACGCUGUUGAAACACUGCCAUUUGGAGGCGUUGGACCGAGUGGAAUGGGCGCCUAUCACGGAAAGUACUCGUUCGACACGUUCGUGCACAGAAAAUCCUGCCUGGCAAAGGACUUCAACCCAAUCGGCGAGAAGCUGGCCUCCUCUCGAUACCCGCCAUACUCGGAUAGCAAGCUAUCCUUCCUGACCACGCUGCUGAAGAAGCGCCAGGGAUUGUCGAUGAAAUUCCUGCCCUAUAUAAUGAUGUUCGGCAUCGGAGUGGCCACUACGCUUAUCGUGAGUUCUAUAGUGAAGAGGCGUGCGCACUGAAAGUUUAUUUCUAACAGGAAAUAUAACAAACGAUCAAAGCACUACAGCAUCAGUUAGUUGUAUGUAAUUUUUUAUGAUUUAAAGUAUUAUGCUUUUAGAGUUUUACACGUAGACGCAUAUUUUAGAAUUUAAAUUUUAUUGAAUAAGCAAUAAAGUUGAUGAGAUUCACUUGUAAA